CGACCGAAGUCGAUAUUCGCUAUCGAUCAGCAAAGAUUCGGUUAACCAAAGCCGUCCGGUGGACGGUGACAUCCCGAAGGAAAAAGAAAACACACCCUCGGCGUAAAGAGUCGUCCACGGCCAGCGUUGAAACGUCGACGUCCUCGUUCGUGACGCCUAGCUCUGGCAUACAACUAUACAAGCCUUUGAGUAUCGAUCCUCCGGCAGUUCGGUACUCUCGACAGCGACCACGACCACGCAAGCUCGACUCGGAACGGAGGAUCCAUUCGCGACAGAGGGGGGUGAUUUGUCCUCCCUUUCGUUGCCUCUGCGAGCCUUCUCCUCCCUCUCACCCUCUCGCCUUCUUCGUCCUUCGCCCCGUACUCUCGCAGUUCCCCUCGCCCUCACUGUUUCUUUCUCUCCCUCUUUCUCUCGCAUCCUCGCGGAAAGGAGGACGGAAAGAUGAGCGAUCAAGAGGACCUCGACUACUACAUCAUGUUCCCGUCGUUUCCGCCGUCCCCGAAGGAUCCAACGUUAACCACCGGCAGCCAGGAUCAACGCGAGGAGUUCGUGUUCGUUUACAAGGAGGACAAACGACCGGUGAUAGUGUUGCUAGGAUGGGCCGGCUGUCAAGACAAAUAUCUGGCCAAGUACAGCGCGAUUUACGAAGAGAAGAGCUGCAUCACGUUACGAUACACGGCACCGGUGGAAUGUCUGUUUUGGCGAAGAGAUAAGAUGCCUUACAUUGGCAAACGAUUGAUCCAGGUGAUCACAGACAAGAGUUUAGAUCAACACCCGAUAUUCUUCCACGUCUUCAGUAACGGUGGCGCGUUUCUCUAUCAACAUGUAAGCCUUGCCAUGCAACAAGCUAACUCGCCGCUUAAGGUCAAAGGAGUGAUAUUCGAUAGCGCGCCAGGAGAAAGAAGGUUAACUACUCUUUUCAAGGCGAUCAGUGCAAUCAUCGGAGGACAUCCGCUUACGAACAUACCGAUGUCCUUCUUCAUUACGAUCUUCCUCUCGAUACUCUGGUUCUUAGAGGUGAUCGCUCACGCUCUUGGACGUGGUUAUCCAGUGCAAACGAAUCCGAUCGGUCUUGCAGAGGAGUCCUAUUCUUGGCCCCAAUUGUUUCUUUACUCGAACGCUGAUACUUUGAUUCCGGCAUCAGAUGUCGAAAAAUUCGCCAGCCGACGUGCAGAACGUGGCGUACGAGUGCAGCUGGUGCUUUUCACGAAUUCCCCUCACGUCAAGCACUAUGCCACUUAUCGUGACGCCUACGUGAAUACAGUUUGUAGUUUCAUCCACGAAUGCCUGACGUCGCCGACCUCGGAAUGCCCGGAAUUGUCCCAGGAUCACGACGUGGAUAAUAAUUCGCCGAAUUACGUCACGAUGCCGAGUCUCACCAAAAGAGUUGUGCUACCUCACGAGGCUACCAAGUUAAAUUAAACAGAGAGAAAGGGAAGAGGAAUAUCAAUACUAGAAGUAGCCAACGAGGGAGUCGUGUUCCGUGCAAUUUUUUCAUGUGCGUACGAUUGUACGCAAAGGGAAGUGGACAAACUGGAAGGCUAAGAGGAUCGGCGGUGUCGUUUAUUUUUUAUCUUCGAACUUGCACAUUCGAAUCCACGAUCUAGGAUUCUACAGACAGCGUUGAGCCUCUCGAUCAUUGAGUUUCUCAACGGUUUUGUCGUUUGUAUUGACGUUGCAACGUGGUAGGAAGUAAUGUUAAUUACUCGACGAGUAAGUUUCGCAUAAAAUAAAUUUUCAUCCUACUAACUUCGUUUAGGUUACAGUUUGUAUAAUACGUUUCAUCGACUGUUGUGAUUUUCAUCCGUUGUUAAACGACUAUUGCGAAUUUAAAAAUCCAUUUACCAGGUGAUUUGAAAUUUCGUUUCAAGCAGUUUUAACGCGUGCUCGCGUAUAAAACUCAACGCUGAUUCAAAGCGGGUAAAGAUGAAUUAAUGAUAUUCAUAGGAAUUAUCGAAUGUGAACCGAGCAGCUCGACCUCUCUUUCCUCCUUUUGUCCUCUUACUAUUUAUUCUACUUCCGUUUUGGUAUUUCCUUCGUAUCUUCCAGUUUCUACCCUCGCUGUGUGUUCUUGAACGUCAAUGUGCCUGAACCUCACAACACACUUGCGUUCCUUUCGAGAACAAACGUUCGAGUAAUCGUUCGAUCUCGAGUACAAGUAUACGCGAUUCUGAAUUUUCAAAGAGAGAAAGAACAAAUGAAACAAUGUUGCCACACGCCCCGAGGUUGCACGUUUCGGAUAUUCCGUGGCCUCGUGUAGUGAGUUGAAAUAAAAACUCUAGAUGCACUUGACAGCGAACUUAAGGUGAAAAAAAAGAAAAAAAAAAAA